UCUUUUUGACUGACUGCUUUAGUUUUAAAUUCAUCACUCUUUAUAAUCCCAUUGCUUUCUUUAUUUAUUUCACCUUUUUUAUUCUAUGUCCACUGCUUGUUGCUUUAAUCAUGAAAACAAACUAGGUCCACAUUCUCUCUCUCUCUCUCUCUCUCUCUCUCUCUCUCUCUCUCUCUCCCCUUCCUUUUUAAAGUUGAUCAUUUAGGUCCAAAAAACAGGCUUGGUUGUAGUUGGUAUUGGUGCAAGUAAGUGGUGAUGUCGACAACAAUGGAUAAGCAAGUAGAAGCAAACCCAUCAUCAUCAUCAUCACCAUCACCAUCACCAUCAUCAUCUCCAGGAAGAGGAAGAGAAGAAGGACUAAAGAGAGAAGAAGAAGAUCAUGAAGGUGAAGGAGGAGGAGGAGCGGCUCUUCAUUUUGAGGACAGAGCAAGAGCAGCCCAAUAUCCCACUUUCAUAGGGAAGCAUAAACUGGCAGCUUCUAUAUCCCAUCUCCAUAACCAAAUCGACAUCAUCCAGAAAGAGCUGACCCAACUAGAGACAGUAGGUGAAUCCUCCAUUGUCUGCAAAGAGCUCAUUGCCAGCGUUGAAUCCAGUUCUGAUCCCCUGCUUCCAUCGACUAAAGGUCCAGCUGAUGUAGGGUGGGAUAGGUGGUUCAGAGGAGCCCACAACUCAAGAAGUCACAAUCGCUGGAUCUAAAAACUUGUUCACUUUCUUCAAAAUCAGUGUUUUCUUUCUUUUAUGCAUUAUCUUCAGGCAGGGGAAAAUAGGAGGUUCUGUUUUUGGUGCACUUUCUUUGACCAUGAUUUGAAUAACUUAUUGGGAAGAACAUGAUUGGCAUACAGACAAGCAAACAUAAAAAAUUACACGAAAGAAAAUUCAUUUGGUAUAUGCCCCUUUGAGCAUCUGUUAUAUUAUCAUACUAUCUUUUUCGAUUUGGUUUUUUAUUUUUAUUUUUAUUUUUGGUCUCAACAUUCUUUUUGCUUGUUAAAGAGGCCUUAGUAAUUAGAAAUUUUAUUCCAAUUAUUUUUCUUAUUGCCGCAAUCGAAGAUUAAGAACGAGUGCAGAGGAAAUAACACAUAAAACUCGCUUUAUUAACACUUUAUAAAACUUACUUGUACAAUGACUAGCCGCAGAAGCUAUUAGCUAUGAGAGAAAACAUCACACUCCAUCAAUUUUGACAAAUCUACAUUCAAGACAACACAUGCCAUGAUACUUGAACAUUGUUCGGCAUAUAUAACAGGCACGGUAACAUCCUUACGAACAGAAAAAUGACCACCUGGUUAGAACCAAAACAUUUGACCAGGACACGGCACACAUCACAUUUCCUUUUCCGAUGUGCGAGCGAGCAUGGCAGCAUAUGGCAAAAUGUCUUCAAAGGCAAGGGGCAGGGUAACCUACAUUACACACGGGACCAGCCUUCAGGAAGCCCACAGUUACUAGGUUCAACUGCUUCU